AUGACUGAUAUUCCCGACAUCGUUCAUUGCACUGCAUUGAGCAACAAAAUUGCUCUCGCAAAGAGAACUUCCGCACAGGCUCCUGCUAAUGGUAACAAUUUGUCGAUGGAUGCAGAAGAUAGUUUACCUGCAAUUGCAACGGCUUCAGUAACUGUUGAGGGUAGUACUUCAGUUGCGCCCUCUGAUGCAACUGCCGAGGCCGAAUACAAUUUUGAUGAAAGCACUCUUUUACCCGAACGGAUUGAAAGUUUGAAGCAACAUGAGUUGCUAAUGCUUUGCAAGAAUACUGUUGGUUUUUACUCGACGCUUAUCGCGCAUUACUUUGCAGCCUUUGAUUGGCAAAAGGCCCGACUUUGCCGUUUGCGCAUAGAAGCUUUGGGUAAUCGGAAUGAUAAACAGCUAACAACUUUUGCAAAUAUAGCUCGUAAUCUAGAGCAACUUAAGUUCGGUGCUGCGUUGAAAUUAUGUAAAGAAAUGGAUUACACGACUAUAUCUCUUCGCAAACUUAUGGCGGAAGUUCAAGAGCGGCUUUUUCUUUACGUCCUCCUCUUAGUUCAAAAUUCGUAUACCAGUGUUGAAGUCAAUUAUCUGGCUGAAAUGUUGGACCUUCCGCAGGCAGAUAUGCCAAAAGUCGCUGAAAGGUUUGGGUGGAUUAUUAGCAAUAAUGGGUUUGUUUAUCCAAAGAUGUCAUCGGAAUUUAGUGCGGCUUUGGAAGUGAAAAAAAAUACUCCAUUUGGUGAAAUAUCGUUAUGCCCUCUAAAUACUACUCGAAAAUAUUCCUUUUGUAAAAAUCCAGAUGAAAAUUUGAAAGAUCUAGCAAGCUUUGUUGCUUCUAUGGAGACGUGA